UGAGCGUUAGGAACAAGUCUCACUAGUCGGAUUUGGAGCCAGUGAGAGAGACACAUCGAGAGAAUCCAAGCAGGACAGACGAGAAAUGAACUAUCUAAUGACUUGCCACAUCCGAGCACAUUCUCAAAUGCCCUGCAAGCGAAACCCAUGAAUAAGGAUUGCAAUAUAUACAUUUUUACACCCUGGAAAAUCUGGCAAUCAUUUUUGUCAGUGGUGUAAAUUUAAGUUAAGCUUGCUUUUAAUUAAUUUGCAUUGAUUCCUUUUCAUUUACAUUUUUUAAGUGUGUAAUCUGGAUUGUAACGAUUCAUUGGUGUAUGCGGAUUUAUCUUGGGAGCAAGCAGGAACAUCCAGCAGGAGAACGAAAGACCCAGCAUCAACAUGUUCUUCUGAAGAGAUCUUUCCAAACCAUCAUCCAUCUGCCAUCACAUUCCCGUCCUAAUUAGUCGGGAAUGAAGUAGGAGUGAAAAGGGAAUGGAAAACAUAGGUCCAUCCUAAAAAAAAACGUGGAGGAAAAAAACUGUUUAUUUGGAAAAGUAAACUCAACCGCAACAAAACGGCUGUGGGAAUUGCUUUUGCUGCGGAGUUUUGUCCACGAGCUGCAUUACCCUAAAGACCUGGAAUUCUGCUGUUAAAUCCACUGACUGCACCUUUGUUUAAUCUGUCCACCGCUGUGUGUUUUAGUAGAUAUCCAUGCAGGCUCCCAAAACACGUUGUUCCUGAUCACACUGACGGAUUCACCUGAAGCGCACACGCUUUGUUCCGAGUCCAGAGAUCUCCAGCCUCUGGGAGAAAGAGAGAGAGAGUAUCCCGCACACGGCUUUGAUGGGAGUAAAUAGACGGAAUUCGGGAUUUCAAAUGGCGAGUCGGGGCUGUGUAAAUGGAUUGGGAGUUCUCCUGAUAUUCUUAGUGGAUUUACUCGGGAUCACGGCGACCAACAUGGAGCCCAUCUACUGGAAUUCCUUGAACAAAAGGUUUAGUGACGACAAGGGUUAUGUCCUGUACCCUCAAAUCGGAGAUCGUCUGGAUCUCAUUUGCCCGUCUUCAGAUCCGCCCGGCCCUCGUGCCCCUGCCGAUUAUGAGUACUAUAAACUGUACCUGGUUUCGUCUCGGGAGCAGGCAGACAGGUGUGAAGUGACCGGAGCCCCGAACCUGCUUCUCACCUGCGAUAAACCCAACAGCGACAUGCGUUUCACCAUCAAGUUUCAGGAGUACUCGCCAAACCUGUGGGGCCACGAAUUUAAGACCAACCAUGACUACUUCAUCAUCGCUACAUCAGACGGGACGCGUCAGGGGCUGGAGAGCAUGAGAGGAGGGGUUUGCGCUACACAGGGCAUGAAGGUGGUGCUGAAAGUGGGACAGAGUCCAUAUGGUCUGCCAGCCAAAUCUCCCAAACCUGACUCCGCGGGCCGUAUCAACAACCCAAACCCAGGUACUGGAAACAGCACCCAUCCCAAAAUUCCCCCUAGAGGUUCUGGUGGUGAAAAUGGCCCUCUUCCUGCCUCCAACAUCGCAGUUAUCGCCGGUGCGGCUGGCGGUUCAGCAUUCCUCCUGCUCGUCACUGCUGUGAUCUGCGUGGUGUGCUACCGACGCCGACACGCCAAGCACUCCGAAUCGCACCAUCCUCCCCUGUCCCUCUCCUCCCUGACCUCACCCAAACGGGGCUGCGGCGGGGGCGUAGGGGGCGGCAACAACAACGGCUCAGAGCCUAGCGACAUCAUCAUCCCGCUGCGGACUUCUGACUCCGCCUACUGCCCGCACUACGAGAAAGUGAGUGGGGACUACGGCCAUCCGGUCUACAUCGUACAGGAGAUGCCUCCUCAGAGUCCUGCCAACAUCUAUUAUAAAGUAUGAGAACCGGAGACCACCUUACUGAAAACAUCCGCUAUAACCACACCCACCUUAAACGACUACCUAAACCCCGCCUCCAAGCCCCGUCCCUCACCGUCUGCAUCCCUGUAGAUCAGAUACCUUUACCUUCACACACAUUUCUCCGAUACACUGACCGCUCACGGUCGAGUGAGUCUGAUUGUGUGUGCCACCGUUCCUCAAAACUUUCCCCUACUUUGGCCUUUUGUUGGAGAGAGGAUGUCUUAAUGUAAAGGCGUCCUCCUUUCUGACGUCCCACAUGGGGAAAAGCUCGUAAAUCUACAAAAAGACCUCCUGGAGGACUGAAAAAAAAACAUUAUCUUCUUUUUAGGGGGCGCUCUGGAGCACAAGCAUCAAAACUUUUUUCUGAUGUACUUGCGAGACUAUAAACACCCAAAAAAGAAAACAAAAACUUCUGAACCUACGAAGACAACGCGGACUUUGGCUUCGAAUGCUACAUUUACUCACAAAUAGCAGUCUAGUUUGUGUUAAACUCCUUCGGAAGGGGGAGGGGCCAUUGAUUCAGCCAAUCGUCACACAGGGCUGCAGUCCUGUAAUCUAAAACCCGUGUGUUGGAUUGGUGGAGCUGUAGUGGCGUGGAGAAUCUUGUAUAUUUUAAUAACGUGUGUAUUUUGUGAGUGUCUAGGAUAAAUAUUCCAACAUUGCUGGCGCGACCGGCGUGUUUCAGUACAACUCGCAAGUGUUUUUGCGCGUGGAUGAGUGCGUGUUUGAGUACAGUGUUAGUGUGAGCAUGGGCGCGUGUGUUUGUUAGACUGUUUCAAUACCAAAACACAAAAAUAUGAGCGAACAUCAAAAAGGUUUUUUUUUUAUUGCUUUCGACACAUAGAUUAUAAUUAUAUAUGAAUACUCAGUAAAUAAUUUUUAGAUUUUUUUUUUUCAUGUAAAGUUACAGUUUGUUAGGCCUAAUUUUUAUUCUCCUAUUUUUUAUGACACGCUGACCUUGUUUCUUCCCCUUUUUUGAGUUGUAAAUUAAUUUAAUGCUUUCAUUCUGUUGCGGAAAGCCAGUUUGUUUGGUUCCCCCUCGUUUUCCUCUUUCCCAGGAGUCUCCUCCGCUCUACACAUAUAUUUUUAUAGCUCCUUGUACUCUGAUGUAGUUUUGAAGCUAGACCUCGUUUGUGAAUGUGUUGAGGUAGAACAAUCCGAGAAAGUUUUUUUUAUUAUUAUUAUUUUUAAAAGACGCUUGGAAAAAAAAGGGAAAAAACCCGGGAAGGAGGGAAGAAUUGGAUGGGGGUGAAAUAAAAAGAAUCGCGAACACCGCCUGUUGAGAAAGCUAACGCACGAGCGAGGAAGCUUCUACAAAGACUGUGAAACUAUGGAAGAAUCACACAUUAAAAGAAAGAAAAUAUAUGGGAGGGGGAGGUGGGGGAGAGGAGGAAAGUUAAAAUGUUUGAAGGAGGAAUAGAGAGAGAGAGAGGGAUGGAAAGGUUUUUAAUAAACCCGUCUAAAAUGGUGGAAGAGGCAGGCCUGUUGGUCUUCUGAGGUAAAAAGAGACAGUUGAGGGAAAGAAAGGCAUAGAUGGACACACAGAAUUACUCUUUUAACAGACACACAGUGCUCUUUUCUGUUCACAUCAAGUGAAGUGGAAAUAUUUCUAGACUCGUUGCAAAUUCUUGAGUAUCUGUGGACACGUCUCAAUUUAAUGUAGACAUUUACACACACACACACACACACUGAGAGAACAACGAUGGCCAUGGUACACAGAAAAGCUCUCUAGUAAAGUGAUUUUCACCUCACACACAUAUGUGCAGCUCCAAAACACAAUCAAAAGCCAUUCUGAUUGGGCAUACAUGCUGGUUACCUCAACAAAUGCCGUGAUUAGCAUUGUUCUUUCACAUUCUCUUUCUCUCUUCUCUCUCUCUCUCACACACACACACAUAUACACACACAAUCAUGCAGCUUUGUAACUAGCUGUGUGUGUAUUUCUCUGUUAGUGCCAAUGAAAUUGCUCUUUUAGGCCUGCAACAUACUCUGUGCAAGUAUGUGAAUACAAAUGCUUCUAGCUACAUGUUAUUGCUUACUGAAACGUAUCAAAAUUCAACUGCAUUUUUUGCGCUAAUGCAACGAUUAGCAUAAGAUAGAUAAGGUAAAAUUAACACAGCAUAAAAACAUCUUUACAGUGAAGAUAUUCUGACUAAAAAGGUAAAAUUUGUUCCCAAAAUUUAUUUUGUUUUAGAUAAAUCAAUGUGGUCAUUAUUUAUGUUGCAUCUUAUUUGUGCUAGUAUGCUACUAAUAUGCUAGCUGCGCUAAAAACAGUUAGACAAACCCCAGCAAACAAUUCUGAGUUUAAUAGGCAUCUAAUAAACAUCAAAACGUAGACAGCUUGGCUAAAACAAGGCUAAACUUGGGCUGUCAGUGAAUAGACAUCUAAGAAUAGCCCAAAAUCAGACUAGUCGUCAAAUAGACAGAUUAGACUUAUCUUGUGCACUAGACUUUAUAUGUGUAGUCAUUCAUUUCUGUUUUUUUGAUGACUAGUCUAGUUAUGGCCUAUUCUUAGAUGUCUAUCAGAUUUUCACUGACAGCCCAAAUUUAGCCUUGUUUUAGCCAAGAUGACUAUGUUUGGACGUCUAUUGGACAUCUAUUAGACAUCUUUAAUGCAAUGAUUAGCAUAAGAUACAUUAGGUAAAGUUAAAGUUGUAAAAAAACAUCUUUACAGUGAAUGUAUUAUGUCUAAAAAUGUAUUAUUUGUUCCCAAAAGUUCUUUCUUUUUAGAUAAAUCAAUGUGGUCAUUAUUUAUGUUGCAUCUUAUGUGUGCUAGUAUGCUACUGAUAUGCUAGCUGCUCUAAAAAAACUUACUUUGGAGUUACUCUGGCAAACAAUUGUGAGUUAAAUAGAUGUCUAAUAGUCAUCUAAAUGUAGACAGCUUGGCUAAAACAAGGCUAAACUUGGGCUGCCAGUGGAAAUCUAAUAGACAUCUAAGAAUAGCCCAAAACUAGACUAGUCGUCAAAUAGACAGAUUAGACAGGCUUUAUUUGUGUAGUCAUUCCUUUCUAUUUGUUUGAUGACUAGUCUAAUUUUGGACUAUUCUUAGACGUCUAUUAGAUUUUCUCUGACAGCCCAAAUUUAGCCUUGUUUUAGCCCAGACGACUAUGUUUAGACCUCCAUUAGACCUCUAUUAGACAUCUAUUAGAAACAAAAAAUUUCUAAAUGAACUAAAACAAAUUAGUAAAAUCCUGCUCAUGUUUUAACUAAAGGAAACAAAUUUUAACAACAUAGAAUUCAUUUUGUUUAAAGCAUUAGCAUCUGUGUUAGCAUUCUUGCACAGAGUAUGGCCUCAGGAGUAAAAAUUGUGUUCUGUUUCACUGCCAUUGUCACAGUGUGUUUUGUAUGCGUGUAAAAGAAUGUUAUCACUAAAAAAUACGCUGCAUACAUGCACAUAAUAACAAGCCAUUCACAGCCAAAAAUAUGUUGGUGGUCUUAUUUUGCAGAUGUGAUUUGUGACUGACGCUGGGACUUGACCAAUCUGUUACUGUUUUCUAUCUGCCUAGGAAGCUUCAAUAUUUGUCUCUCAAAUGCAUUUAGUUUCGUAUCACUCUGGUGCAUCAAGACUGUGAGGGUUAAAAAAAAAGCGACAUUGUUUUCCUGUCACAUGGAUGUUUUCUUCUUUCACGCAGAGAUUUGGAUUUUGUUACUUCAAUAUCAAGUUGCCUAAAAAUGUGGAGGUGUUACGUUCGUUCGGCACUGUUGUAUUCGUGGGCUGUUUCAUGCAUAUUUAAGCGUUCGAUUUCUGUUCAAGUUCUGUUGCAUUUACUAAAACAAUCAGCGUAAGCCAUGUCUCUGACCCUGUGCACAUGGACUUGGAUAGGUGUGUGUGCGUGCUGCAGUGCGAAUGUCCCAAACACACAUGGACAUCGUUCAAAGAUGGACCGACGAGAUGGAGAGGAGCGUUUGCGUUCAUGACACACAAGGAGACACAAACUCUCUCUCUCACCAUCCUGCCUUUUUUAGGUCUCGUUUAUGGAACAUGGCCUCAGAAAGGUCCAUCUUCUGUCUUUCACAUCCAGCGGUUCUUUGUGCACUUGCUUUCGCCAUGAGCGCUGGGACCAGUACUCUGUACGCAGACACAUGCGGGGGACGAACCACAAAGUGUGUAUUUUUUUAGGGAACGCUUCAGUUGUGUGUACGUGUUUCUCUGUGCCAAUAGCCAGCGGGUGGCGGCCACUUUAAAGACCUCCAUUCCUCUCCAGUGAUGUGUUCAGACGUUUGUAAAACACCAUGUUUGUAUGUGAUGUUUUCUUUUCAGUGUCCAUCCUUCCAUCUCCCCCCAUCACGAUCCCUCUCUUGUUUUUCCCUCCUGCAUACAUGCCUUUAAAAGGGUUAAACAACUAAUACAUUCCUUUGAAGAAAUGUUGAUUAAAAAACACAAAAAAACUUUACAA